GUGAGUAUGUUUCAAUGUCAUGCGCGCUAGUGUCCGCGGAAAGCGAUUUUCGCGAGUGACGUCACAGUUCACGUGUGCCGUGUGAUGUUUUGAAUGUGUCAUUUCGAACAUGGAUUUAAACCGGUACGCAAAGGUUCGACGGACCAUUAGGUACCUAUGGCUUGCACUGCUCCUCCACCUGUGUGCAGCCGACGACACACUCUUCGGAUCGAAAUACUCGAACGAUAUACCGGAAUACGACUUGCUGCACGCGAUCGGGGUUCCCUUCAGCAAUCCAAAAACACAAUACUUCGAUGAAGGCCUCGACGGGUUCCCGGCCUACGGUCUCAAACCCGGCUCCGACAUCAAAUCCCCUUACCGGCUCUUCAUGCCGGAGAAGCUCUACCCAGAGUUCUCCAUUACCGCUACUAUACGACCAGCGAACAAAGAUGGCGGAUUCCUAUUCUCCGUCGUCAAUCCCCUUGAGACGGUGGUCCAAUUGGGUGUCCAGCUCAUACCUUCAGGUCCUGGACUCACCAACAUCUCCUUGUUGUAUACCGAUGCUAAUAUGUACACUCUGUCCCAAACGAUCGCUUCUUUCGUCGUUCCGUCGUUCUCUAAGAAGUGGACGAGGUUUGCGCUAAAGGUGACUUACGAUAACGUGACCUUGUACCUGAAUUGUCACGAAUUUGACACUGCGUUGGUGAAGAGGAAUCCUUUGGAGCUGGUGUUUGAUUCGGCGUCUACUCUGUACGUCGGUCAGGCUGGACCUUUAAUCAGAGGGGCGUUCCAUGGUGCGUUUCAAGAGCUCAAGCUGUAUGGAUCACCGUCGCAGGCCGAAGUGCAGUGUGUCAGCACAUUUGCGGAAAUUGGUAAAAGCGGCGAUGACGAGGAGAUAGAUAUUGACAAUUUCUUGGUGGAUCAAGAAGAAGGGGAUGUGGAAGGUUCUGGUCGUUUCGGAACCAUACCCCCGUUUCCACCGCCGCCGCCUGGACUAGAUGGCUACCCUCUUCGACUGCGAGGUGAAAAAGGCGAAAGGGGACCAAGGGGUCCCCCAGGGGAAUCGAUACGAGGACCACCGGGGCCGCCGGGACCACCAGGUCCCCCUGGCACCCUUGUAGCGGGGGUCACGGAGGCUUCAGGAGAUGAGAAGCCCGCUGUCAAGCAAAUAUUCGGUGAGAACUACGCGUCGCUCGGGCAGUGCGGGUGCAACUCCAGCGUCAUACUGUCCCUGCUGGAGAUGGCUCCGGAGCUGAGGGGACCUGUGGGACCGCCGGGCAUCGACGGACCGGAGGGGAGAACUGGCACCCCGGGCUUACCUGGACCACCAGGUCCCACCGGUGAAAGGGGACCAAUAGGUCUACGAGGGGAGAAGGGGGACCGCGGCGACGAAGGACCAAAAGGACCAGAGGGCCAACCCGGUCCUAAAGGGGAGCCCGGCGUGGACGGCCGGCCCGGGACCCCCGGAGUGCCAGGACCACCCGGACCCCCGGGCUCCAAUGACUACACCAACUUUGAGUCUAACUGGAAGCCGCGUCAGAUAUACAAGGAAUCCCUUCUCGGUUCCUACGGAGGCGCUAUCGGUAGGCCCGGAGCUCCGGGCCCUAAGGGCGACGCUGGGCAGCCAGGGCCGAUGGGUCUGCAGGGCGAGAGGGGCUUUGCAGGGCCCAAGGGCGAGAGAGGACAGAUGGGAUACACUGGACCUAAGGGAGAUAGGGGCUACACGGGGGCUAAAGGUGACCGCGGUAUAAAGGGUGAGCGCGGGUCCCCUGGUUUCGACGGAAGACCAGGUACUCCGGGAGCAAAUGGACGAGGUGGUGAAAAGGGAGAAAAGGGUGAGAGAGGUUCCCCUGGUCCCCCGGGACCGCCGCUGUCGACUGCCGUUCUAACUGGUGAAGAAGCAGAACUUAUUGCUGGACGACAGCUGAUACAACCAGAAAAAGGAGAAAAGGGUGAAAAAGGUAGUAGUGGCAUGGAUGGCCUACCUGGCUUACCUGGUAAAGACGGCACACCGGGGGAGAGGGGUGACAUUGGUCCUUCGGGCAUGCCAGGAGUUUCGGGACCAGCUGGACCCCCUGGUCUUAAAGGGGAGCGCGGGGAGCGAGGACCACCGGGACCAGUUAGCGUCACCUCUCAUGCGGGAUCAGAUAUUUUGACUAUUAAGGGUGACAAAGGUGACGUGGGACCAAGAGGUAGAAGAGGUAGGCCGGGGCCAGCGGGCCUGCGUGGUCCUCAGGGGUUGCAAGGUAUUCCGGGACCACCGGGCAGACCGGGGGAUAAAGGAGAUAUUGGAUUACCUGGUUGGAUGACUACAAAGGGUCUGCCAGGGUCACUCGGCGCCCCAGGCACCCCUGGUCCUGCCGGUCCUAAAGGGGAGAAGGGGGACUCGGGCGUGAACAUCGUGGACUUAGCUACGUUAAAAGGCGAAAAAGGUGACAGAGGUGACGACGGCAUACCCGGCGCGAAAGGCGCUCAAGGACCGCCAGGACCACCGGGGGCCACGAGCGUAGGACCAGAGGUGCAGUACCUCCCGGGACCACCUGGACCACCUGGUCCCCCGGGGGUCCCUGGUACCCCAGGGGUCUCCAUCGUAGGACCAAAAGGCGAGCCUGGUGCUGGUUUUUACGAAGAAACCCCAGUACAUGGAAAUACUAAAUACUUUGGAAGACCAGUGCCAAAAAGUCCCCUUGAUCAACUGAAAGCGCUCAAGGACUUAAAGGAUUUGAAGGACAGAGACAAAAUCAAAGAGAGUGCAUUCAUGCACAGCGAGCAGAAAAUGCAUCAUUAUGAUGACUCUCCCGCCAGAACCGUACCCGGAGCUGCAGUGUUCCAAACCACAGAAGAAAUGAUGAGACUGGCUUCGGCGAGUCCAGUGGGCGCGCUGGCCUACGUGAUGGAAGAACAAGCGCUUUUCGUCAAGGUCAACUCCGGAUGGCAGUAUGUUCUGCUGGGAUCACUAGUAACCCAAGCAGCGCCGAUCACAACAACUCCCUCGCCGCCCGCACCACUGCCCGCCGCCAGCCUGCUGCACGCACCACCCAUAUCCAACUUCGUGGAUAGUUCUCCUGAAAUAGCACCUGUUGGACCGAGUCUUCGUCUGGCAGCACUCAACGAACCGCUAUCGGGUGACAUGCAUGGUGUGAGGCGAGCUGACUAUGCUUGCUAUAGACAGGCCAGAAGAGCGGGGCUGAAGGGCACUUUUAGAGCAUUCCUGACUAGCAGGAUCCAAAACCUGGACUCGAUAGUUCGUUACGCCGACCGCCACCUGCCCGUCGUCAACAUACAAGGAGACCUCCUCUUCAAGUCUUUCUCUGACAUCUUCGAUGGCAACGGCGGUGUCAUGGUCGGAACCCCCAGAAUCUACAGCUUCAGCGGGAAGAAUAUCAUGAUGGAUUCCAUCUGGCCGCAGAAGCUAAUCUGGCACGGGUCACACGCGAGCGGAGAGCGGGCUCUAGACACCUUCUGCGAGGAGUGGCAGAACGGAGACCCAGCCGUGCGGGGCAUGGCCGCCUCGCUCUACUCGCAUCGUCUGCUUUCUCAGGAGAGAUAUCCUUGUAACAAUCACUUCAUUGUGUUGUGCGUAGAAGCAACGUCGCAUAUUAGUGUGAGAAGAAAAAGGGAUAUCUCCAGACACAACGUCUCUAAGCACGACGAGGAGUACCUAUACAACGCCGAGGAGUACCAGCAACUACUAAAUGAGAUAUUUGCUCAACCGCUCAGAGAUAAUUGAACCAAGCCAAAUUAAACUUUGAUAAUAACAUGCUAAGGCUGAAAUGUCAGUGGCAUUUUGUAUGAGAUAUUUUCUAGACUGGCUUCUUUGUUCAAAAUAAAUGCUAGAAAACAAAUUUUAUUCAGCCAUGCUAUGAUAAAUUCUUUCGCAGUGUGUAUUUUUGCUUCAGGAUAUCUAAAUAAUUAUGUAACAUCACAGUAAUUGUAGGACUUCUUAACAGAAAAAAAACCGAAGUGUACAAGCUAUAUUGUUCAAUUAUAGAACGUGUGAUUUGUGAAUAAUUACUUUUUUUCUACAAUUCAAUGCAGAAUAUUGCCAUAAUAAUUAUUUCAAUGCAGUGCUGCCAUUCAGAGA